AUGUCGACCGACAAAACGCAACAUGCCCCACCAAAUCCGGAACCCAUUAGCCUUUCAACACUUCCUCUUCCACCAGUUGCACCCAGGAACGAACUUGGAGCUUGCACGCCAGCUGUGAAUCGAAAUGGCACUGGAUGCAUGACUCUUGCUUCAAACCAGGACUUCCAAGCAGGUGGCUUUUUACCUGAUGGAAAGCAUGUUUUGGUCCUCGUCACCUUCACAGGCGCUCCAUCGUCUCCGGACCCAGCUAGCGUUUACAAUGGUAGCCAGAUCAUCGUCGUCAAGACCGACGGUAAGGUAUUUCCCAGCGGAAGUCCAUGGAAGUGUCUCACUUGUGGACUGGUUGAGAAAAACAUAAGAGGUUUAAGCCCGACAUAUAGCUACCCCCAGGCAUUUGGCGACGGAAAAAGAGUUCUGUUUGGCACCAACAUACUCGAUUGCGGGGAGCAUAAACUGGUAGAUGCGGCCUGUACACCCGAAUGCACCCAUGUUUAUCCCAUACGGCGGAAUAAGAGCCCUGAUGGGACCGGGGAGGGCGGUCCUAUUCGGGAACUGCGUUUACACCCCGACGACGUCCAUCUUGGAUUCAAUGCUUUCACAAUCAACGGUCGAAAGCUCGGCCAGUACGCGUACCUCGGAAGAUUGAAGUUCAACGCGAAGCCAACAGUCGGCGUACCGCUUGUCCCUCGUUACGAUCUCGUCAAAGUCACCCGACUGUUCAACCCAGAAGCAGACCAACCUAUUGCGACGCAUGGUGGACACAUGACCAUAAACCGGAACGCCAUAGCUGUAGGUGAGCUUCGUGGUUUCAGCAGCAGGGGAACUGAAGCUACGUACAUCGGCUACCCGGCCGAAUCCUCUAACAUUGAUGUAUUCGCUGUUCACUUGCAAACCGGCAAGGUCCGGCGACUUACUAGCCACCCAGAAUACUGCGAUCCUCUUGCUAUCUCACCUGACGAUAAUUGGAUGGUGGUUUUGGAUACACGGGGAACAGACCGUCAAAUGUGGCUCUCUGGCAUGAGACAUAUCCCGCCCAUUACCGACCUCAUUAGUACCUCAAUUACAUCCUCGACAAGAAACAACGGCCAGAGAAGAUUCUUCCAGCCGUAUCUAUUGGAUCGUUAUGGUGAUCGCGGGGAAUACUUUGGCCAGAGGAUCUAUGGAGAAGGAAGAGGUGUUCCUGGUAGUGGCGACUAUAAUGACCCCGAAUGGAAUGCAAUGGCUGACCCGAGAUGGUCUCCAGGCUCUACUCAGAUUGUGUACGGUGAAGCAUUAACACUUUCUCCUGCGUGUGGUGGCACAAACCCGCUUCCAUGUUAUCCCUCUAAUGAGCCGGGAGGUAGACGAGUACGUGUAAUCGUGGCAAACCUGACUGCUCGGGAGCCCCUCAAUCUACCUGCAGUCAAUCUAAUCUCAGAAGAGGUCCCAUGGGGUGUAAAGUACUCUCCAGGAGACAUUGAUCCACAGCGUACCGAGCCGACACCUGGAAACUACACGCUGAUGGGGCUCAGGUGUGGAUAUGCGAAUGUUGAAAUCGUUGGGGGAGAGGAUGCAUCUAUCAGUGAGAUCAAUGUAGUCUAUCAUCACUUCUCAGAUGAUGGGUCAACGUUUCUAUCAGGAUCAGAAACAGUUCGCGCCACGUUCCCAUCUCUGACGCUCAGUCAUGUCGACUGGUAUUCUGACCUGACUCAAAUUGGAAGCUCAAAGAAUAGCAAGAGGACAAGCCUGGAUGGGUUUCACCUCACUAUUGACGUUUUGAAGAACAUAUUCCAGGCAAACGGGACCAUGAACACCUCAAUUGAUGGUCAUCUCUAUACACAGCCUGCAAACGGAACCUGA